CCUUCCAGCCCAGCCUGGGAUCGGCCUCCCGGGCCACGCCUACUGGGAGCAACCCCGCCCCUUCCUCCGCCCGCCCCUCCCUCCUGGAUUCUGGGGGCGGGGCCGAGGAGAAGGCUCCCUUGACAGCCAGCCCCUGCCCAGGAGAGAAUGCCCUGCAGCUCCCGGGGGCCCGCUGCCUCCGCGUAGGGUCAUGAGCCCCGAGCCGGGCGGCCCGGAGCCCUGGUCGUGCCCCAGCCCCGGAGGCGCGGGCCCGGCCAUGUAGCCGCCCCGGGCCGGUCGGCCGAGCCUGCGGAGCGAGUGCUCGGCCAUGGGAGCCUACUGGUCCGUGCCGGCGUACUUCACUUCCAGAGACCCUUUCCGGUGCUCAGAAUGCCAGGACCCUCUGACCAACUGGUACUACGAGAAGGACGGGAAGCUUUAUUGCCACAAGGAUUACUGGGGGAAGUUUGGGGAGUUCUGCCAUGGCUGCUCGCUGCUCAUGACCGGGCCUGUCAUGGUAGCCGGAGAGUACAAGUAUCACCCAGAAUGCUUUGCCUGCAUGAGCUGCAAGGUGAUCCUUGAAGAUGGAGAUGCCUACGCCCUGGUUCAGCAUUCCACUCUGUACUGUGGGAAGUGCUACAAUGAGGUGGUGCUCACGCCCAUGUUUGAGAGGCUGUCCACGGAGUCUGCCCAGGACCAGCUGCCUUACUCCGUCACGCUCAUCUCCAUGCCCGCCACUACCGAAGGCAAGAGAGGCUUUUCCGUGGCCAUUGACAGUGCCCGCUCCGACUACGCCACCACCGUCCAAGUGAAAGAGGUCAGCCGGCUGCACAUCAGCCCCGACAUCCGGAAUGCCAUCCACCCUGGGGACCGGAUUCUGGAAAUCAAUGGCACCCCGGUCCGAACACUGCGGGUAGAGGAGGUAGAGGACGUGAUCGCCAGGACCAGCCAGACCCUGCAGCUCUUGAUUGAGCACGACCCUGUGUCCCAGCGCCUGGAUCACCUGCGGCUAGACUCCCGGCUUCCCCCCCACCUGAAGCCUGUUGGGGCCCCUCAUGCCCAGAACACUCUGGAGGUGAAGGAGAACCUGGAUGGGACCCUGCGGAGGCGCUCUCUCAGGCGCAGCAACAGCAUCUCCAAGUCUCCGGGUCCCUGCUCCCCCAAGGAGCCGCUGCUGCUCAGCCGGGACAUCAGCCGCUCCGAAUCCCUACGCUGCUCCAGCAGCUGCUCCCAGCAGAUCUUCCGGCCCUGCGACCUGACCCAUGGGGAGGUCCUGGGGAAGGGCUUCUUCGGACAGGCCAUCAAGGUGACACACAAGGCCACCGGCAAGGUCAUGGUUAUGAAGGAGUUAAUCCGCUGCGAUGAGGAGACCCAGAAGACCUUCCUAACAGAGGUGAAAGUUAUGAGGAGCCUGGACCAUCCCAACGUACUCAAGUUUAUCGGGGUCCUCUACAAGGACAGGAAGCUGAACCUGCUGACAGAGUACAUCGAGGGGGGCACCCUGAAGGACUUCCUGCGCAGCGUGGACCCAUUUCCCUGGCAACAGAAGGUCAGCUUUGCCAAAGGAAUUGCUUCUGGGAUGGCCUAUCUGCAUUCCAUGUGCAUCAUUCACCGGGACCUGAACUCCCACAACUGUCUCAUCAAGCUGGACAAGACUGUCGUGGUGGCCGACUUCGGCCUCUCGAGGCUCAUUGUGGAGGAGAGGAAGAAGCCGUCCUCAGAGAAGGCUUCCACCAAGAAGCGCACCCUGCGCAAGAGUGACCGCAAGAAGCGCUACACGGUGGUGGGGAACCCCUACUGGAUGGCCCCCGAGAUGCUCAACGGGAAAAGCUACGAUGAGACUGUGGAUGUCUUCUCCUUCGGAAUUGUUCUCUGUGAGAUCAUUGGGCAGGUGUACGCCGACCCCGACUGUCUCCCCCGCACACUGGACUUUGGGCUCAACGUGAAACUUUUCUGGGAGAAGUUUGUUCCCACAGACUGUCCCCCCGCUUUCUUUCCACUUGCCGCCAUCUGCUGCAAACUGGAGCCUGAGAGCAGACCCCCGUUCUCAAAACUGGAAGAUUCCUUUGAAGCACUUUCCCUGUACCUGGGAGAGCUGGGCAUCCCCCUGCCCUCGGAGCUGGAGGAGCUGGACCACGAGGUGAGCGUGCAGUACGGCCUGAGCCGAGACUCCCUCUCCUAAGCUCCCCCGGCCGCCGGCUGGGGGCCCAGAGCAGCUGGCACCCCGGCCCCGUGCAGGGCACGGCGGGCACAGCACUGCCCAUCCCGGGGCAGACCCGGCCCCCGUGUGGCCCAGCUGAGGUUUCCUGCGGAUCCGGAGCGCCUUAAAUGUGCCCAACACUACUGCUCGGAGACACAUCUCUGGGGCACACAGGGGGCCCUCGCCGUCUCCAAACUCAACCCUCAAGUGCAAGCUGUGAAGAAAGGCCCGUGGGAGAGCCCAGGACUCGUGGGAACCGCCUCUGGGACCGAGAAGCCUGCCGCCGCCCCCAGGGCCUCCCAGCUGCCCCUUGGGAGUCCCGGCCUGGGCCUGUCGGUGCCUCUGCUGGGGAGGACAUGUGGGAGAGAGCACAGCAAGCCAUGGCGCUGCCCUGCCCGUGCCUCCCCUCCAGGGACCUCUCGGAUUGGGGGAAGGACUUCUCUCUGCUAGAAUACCCAGGCCUCCCCCUGCCACGGCCCCUUCCCCAGGGCAGGCUCUGCCUCGUGGCGUGGGUGCCCAGCGGGGCCCGCCACUAGCAGGCCUGGGAGACCCGAGCCCGGGUGGACACCUGUGGGUGAGCGCAGUGACUGCUGGGGACAUGUUCUUCAGUGCCCGGGGUGGGUGAGCUUCUCUGCUGAGGGAGGAGACGUCCCCACCUGAAGCUCAGUGAGGGAAAUGAGCCCCCUUAGGCAGGCCCACCCCGGGGGACGCUGGCCAAGGCUGCUGCAGCUGGAUUCCCUUCUGGGGCGAACCUGCAGGCAGACACCUUCCCGAACAGCCGGGGGACCGGGGCUGGGGCCACUGAGAUGGGGCUCAGGGGAGGGGAGGCUGUCCAUAUUCCUGCGUCAGCUCCACCAUCAGAAACGUUUGUGGUCAUCGGCCUGUGGACCUGGCCGCCACGUCGCUCGACUAAAGUUUACUUUUCUUUUAACGAGCCGGGGAUCGGCCGGAGGCCCCCAGGGACUCCUGGGGGCAGGAUGUGGUGGGCCAGGGGGAGGGCCGUGGGAAAGUCACUCAGGUGGGAGAGGAGACUGCACUGUGCUCCCCCCGGAGAGCAGGAAGGGUUCUUUGGGCACCUGGGGAGGGACGGCCCUGCCCGGCCUGGGCUUGACUUGGGUAAAUAAAGCAAGAAAUGGA